UACGCCGGCUCGACCGACAGAAACAUAAGUUCGCGGACAGGUUCGUGGGCAGGUUCGUGGGCAGGUCCGCAGCACCACGACCAAACACCACAACGACAGCAGAAGUUGCAGUGCCAGUCGCCGCCGCCCAGCGACAAGCCCCCCCAGCAAGUGUCACCCGGACGCAGGCGCAGCAGCCGGUCGAGGAAGCCGCAGCACCCGAUCCCGCCCUUGCCGGGAGGAAGGCACGCACAGUGGAGAUGAUCAUCUUGAUGAUCAAGAAGACCAAAACGGUCAGGGUCGAUCACGUCGACCAUUUCGAGAGGGACCUGGAGAGCGGGUUCGAGAGGGCAGAAGAGGCGCUCCACGAUUUCGUGGGCAUGAAUAACUGCCCGCUGAAAAGCGGGUCGGGCAAGUUCAUGGUCCAACGGGGAAAGUGUUCGGAAACGGGCAAGCGGUACGUGCGGAUCUUGCACAACGGGUUCAAAAACAUCGAGAUGGUGGAGAAAUUCCACGUCGCCUCCUGGAAGAGCAGAAAGGGGUGGGAUCCGAGGCUCACGGCGUGCUACGAUGCUCUGGAGGACGCGACCUUGUCGGACCACUUGCGGGGCAAGGACAAGGACAAGGCAGCAGAAGCGUCUGGGGCACAGGCUGGUGUUUCGGCCGCAAGUCCUGAUGGCGAAAUUGUCACCAUCCGGGGACCACAUCCUAAAGGCAACUUCACAUUGUGCGGAGUCCGGGCGUCCAUCGACGACGCCAAGCAUCGACGCCAGUUUACAGUGGGCGGCGUGCUAGAUGUAGGCGGAGAGGCGUUCGCACUGACGGCCUGGCAUACGAUUUGGGAAGGUCCAGGGUCACAGGCGAAGGAGAGCACUGUCGAGGAAGUGGUGGAACAACUGGUGGGAGAGGGCGCGGUCGCCGAUGACUUCGAUGCUCCAACCAUCGUCGCUUCGCAGAGCAGCCGCCCGGGCUCCGGGGAGGGGCCAGGUUCCGGCAGCGGCCCUGACACAGUCCCGUUAUCCAAAGGUGACCCAACCGCCCAGAAGCCGCCCCAGUAUAGGGAUGUGGACCCCCCCGAAUGGCGCAUCGGGAGAGUUGUCAGAACAGGUGAAGAAUGGGCCCUCAUCCGCAUCGUGGAUCAAUCGUUUUGUCUGCCGAACUGCAUCGAGCUGGAACGCAACGAUCGUGCCGCUGGUAUACGGCGGUAUUAUCUAGACGGUGUGGAGGAGCCGGUGGACAGGGAAAGACCGAAGACUGUUCACAUCGCCUCCGGCAUGGGUGGCGCGGUUGAGGCGAGCAUUUCGGGACGCCUUUCGCCCAUGCAUCUCGACUCCGGGAAGCGAACCAGGGUGUGGACAGUCACAUUGAGCGACGGCAAAGCCCGACAACUUCUACUUGGAGAUUCCGGCUCGUGGGUAGCAGACCCGGUUGCCGGUACGAUUUACGGCCAUAUCAUCGCCCGCGCUAGCAACUUUGCAUGCGUCUUACCGCUACGCACGAUCAUGGACGAGAUCGAAGGCUCUCGCUUGUUGCCGCCCUUCACCUCUCUGGUCAAAGUCGGUCACCACUGGAGCGGGGGAUUAGGCGACAAGUAUAUCAAGGAAGCACUCGGAGACCCGGUCUUGGAGCAUCCUGGGGACUGCACGUUGGCACGCAUCAUCCGCGAACGGGGUUCGCGGCCCUUGAUUAGUGGCCACCCUUGGUCCAGCCUGCCACCACAGACUAUCUUCUUCGCAGUUGUGCGCGACUUCGGCUCCUCGGUUCCCUCGCUCGAACAGCUAACGGCAACAGUGAAAGGUCUUUUGGCAACUGACCGGAAGAUCCACCCACAAGAGGUCAAGAUGCUGGCACGCGAUCUUGGCCUACCAUCAACGGAGGAGCCCUGGCGCUUCAUGGACGGCAUCAGCUACCAGGGCGACGUUGCCGAUGCCUACCUCAGCAUCAGGGUCGACAAGCGUAGUGAGUUCUUGGCAAACCUGGACGAGAGGGACCUCAAAAGGGUUAGGCGCGAGUUGGAGCGCAUUAGAAAGACCCGGGCAAGGUUCGAGACCUACGAGGACAAGAAGACGAUGCUUGCAGCGCUUAGGAAAGCCCAAAGGGAAUGGAGGCGCGAGGUCGCUGUAACCCUGCCGAAACGCUAUGAGCAGGUAAAGAAGUACACAACGCCGGGGCGACAAGACAGAUACGCUGCACUUCUGCAAAGGCUGCAGGAUCACGCGCAUGUCUGGUUGCUAGCAGACCUCGCGGAAACAGAUUCUUCUGGCCAGGGGGCCCCAGGUGUCCUACCCGGAGGCGGCCACGGUCCGGAACUCCUGGGGCCCGACUGCGGCUUCAAGGCUGGCGCCAUGUACUUCCAGCCUCUACCCGGUCCCGACGGGGUCAUUUGGGAGGGUUGCGACUCGAAUCAUGCCUGGUUCGGCGGCAGCAAAUUCCCUAACCAGAAGAUUGCCGCCCACAAGCUGCUAGAAGAGCACGAGGGUAACCCGCUAACCGAGCGUAAGGGCGAUCGCCUGCGCUGGUUCCACUUCCCGACGAAUAACAUGGGCUGGAUCGAGCAAGCUAUGGCGAGAUAUUAUGGCGAGGACAAUGUUGUCCACGACAGGCACGUUAAGCCUCACUCCAAAAUGACACAGGCCGAAAGGCUUUUCUACCGGCAUGGGCAGCUCCACGGGAGUGGCGAAAAAGCUCCAAUCCAUGCAAAAUACAUGCAAUCCAAAUUCUUCCUAACCCCUCGGGGGUCACCUGCGGCUACAGAGGCGCCCGCUCAGGACAUAAAAGGGAAGAAACCGUGCCCGCCCCCGCCGAAUCGCACCAUCUCUGGUACUCAUCAGAAGGCCAUGAAAAACAUGGCGCUGUUUAUCCCGUACCUCCACUGGGAAACUAAUGGCAAACGGGCUAAGAUGGUCGACGCCAUCAACCACGCAUACAACAUGCCCGCGGCCAAGAAGGAAAAGAGCGCCAAGAAGACGGCCGCCGACUUUGUGACCGUCAUACAAACCGGCGUAAAAGUCGGCAAAUCCAAGUCGUGGCAAAUCAAGCACAGCAAAAACGGGGCAUUCUCGGGAGAAGCCUACAACCCGACCAAGCUCGGCGAGUACCUUAUGCAGCUGGCGUGGGUGGCCGAAGCCAUGGAUAGCGAAAUGGACGAGCAGCUGCUCAAGGAGAACCUGCACAUCCGGCGCACGCUGUACCAGUACUACUUUCCCACGCUCGAUAAUACGUCGGAGCGCGACAAGGACCAGGUCGUUUACCGCGACACGUUACGCAGCCCGAGCACCCGUGUCGUCAUGGUCGACCAGCUGUGGCUCUGGGUCCUUGACGAUCACACCAUCAUCACGUCGUUCCCUCGGCGAUGGGGGAGAAACAAGUCGGACCCGUCGGAAGUGCACAAGUGCAUUAGGGAGCGGCUAGCGAACAACCGCAGUAUUAGCUCUAUUUACCACUUAGCGCUAAUUAUUAUCGACCAGUGCUCGGGCGUGUUCUUCGACUGGACCGAAACGCUGGACCAAAAGCCCGAGGUUAUUAACAUUUUUGGGUCUGCCAUUGGAUACGUCACUGAACUGACCGCCAUCGCCCACGACACCUUCUGGCGGAACACGUUGCUCCACUCGAGAAACAUCCUCCCCUCGGGGCCAAGCCCGAGGUCGUCGUUAAACCAGUACCGCGAGAGCAGGAACACGAGCCAGCGGUACCUCGACAUCAACACGGAGGGGACGCUGCUGCGCGAAAGUCGCAACAUCGCCGAGGAGCUCAGAAUCAUGCACCGCGUGUUUCGCCAGCAGUUGCAGGCCGUUAAGGAUUUUCGACGUUACCUGGGCCAGCUCGCCAGCGGCGAGGGGAGGUACGGCCGCGGAUCCGCAGAGCAGACGGUCCAGUCGCUGGUCCGGAGCCUCGCGGACCUGGUCCGGGAGGAGACGGGCGCAAGGUUUCGAACUCAAAGUCCUCCCACACUCACCCCGGCCCCGACUAACGGCAACGGCAACGGCAACGGCGGGGCAGGCGGCAGCUCGUGGUUCAACGACACGCUGCAGGAGGCCGACAUACUGGUGGAGAGCAUCGAGAGCAGACAGGCUGAAAUCCACGACCUUGAGGAAUCGGCCCUCAGGACGUGCCAGCAGCUCGAGGGCCUGCUGACGCUCAAGCAGCAGCAAGCGAGUAUUGUCAAAGCCAAGGCUGCUUUUGCCAGGGCGAGCGAGAGCGUGAAACAGAGGCGGGCUAUUGUGGCCUUUACCAUUGUGACCAUUAUUUUCCUGCCCCUCGGCUUCUUUGCGUCCUUUUUCGGCAUGAACAACGCGAUUAGCACCGAUAACGCGUGGAUGUCGCUCAAGGAGCAGAUCGGGUAUAUGUUCGGCCUCUCCUCGAUCGUUAUCAUCAUCGCCGUCUCCAUCACCUUCAGCUCGUGGGUCCGCGCCCUGCUGACCUACGUGAUCCACGUCCCCAUCCUGCUCCUGGCCGAGGCCACAAAGUUCCGCCAGCUCUGGGACGACCACGUGGUGGACGAGGCCGAGCUGGAGAAGCGAAACGGCGCAUUGUUGGACAGUUUGUCCAGGAAGAGGCGGGACCGGACGGAGCAGGGGAGAAGGAAGGAGGAGGAGAGGGCUGCAGCGGAGACGAGAACGGGUGCGGGUGAUGCGGGUGGUGCGGGGCCGCCGAAUCUUGACGGGAGCGCCGCCGCGAGCGGUGGGAAUGUUGGAGGGAGGGGCGGGCGGCGUGGCUCGUCGGUGUUUGGGCUGCUUUCGUUCCGCCAGAGGAACCGGAGGAACAAUAGCGUGGACGAAGGAGGAGGUGUUUAAUACGGGGUUGAUUCCAAGGUUAACUGGAUACCUUUAACGGGUUGGAACAAGGUGUCGGUAUUGGAUAAUGUAAUUCUACCUCAGGUAUAUGUACCCCCGAGGCAAAAAAAAUGUUAGUGUAAUGACGCUUUGGCUAUAGCGCUCGGAUUUCGCUUGAUCGGGGCUUUUAUAAGCUUACUAGUAACCCUACCG